ACGACGACGACGACGACGACGACUGGGAAGAUCGCCGACCGUUCGCCACGCUUCUCCAUGUAGCCGCGAUGCGAGGGGACCAAGACAUGACCCGCUGGCUCCUCGGACGCCGAGUAUCAAUUGAAGCUAGUGCACUGCUGGGCUGCCUCUGCCCAUCGCCUUACAUGAAUGCCAUUCGUGUGACAGGCAUAUGGUCCGGAUGGGGCAUUGAGCCAACGCCGCUACAUCUAUCGCUUGCACACGGCAACGAGUCGACUGCCAAACUUCUGAUUCGCAAGGGAGCUGUAUGGGAUCGGCCGCAUAGUAGCUGCGGGGGUCUCACGGGGCUUCACAUGAUGGCUGCGGGUCGCAUGACAGAAAUGAUUGAGUGGACCAUCGACCAGUGCCAUGGUCUGUGGGCUGGUACAGUUGCACGUAAUGGACCGGUCCACGACUGGCCAGACGAGUUUGGGUAUUGGAGUCUUCACUACGCUUGUCUCUCCGAGGGGCCCAAGGAGGGGGGUGAAAGCUGGGCUGCGCAGAUGGUUCCUGGUCUCAUCAGGCUAGGGGCGCUGGUUCAUACAACAGACGGCAGUCGAAUAGCACAGCGAGUGUCCGAGGAGAGGAAAAGGAUUCAAGAGGGCCCAAGGCCUCGCUGGACACUCGACAACAAGGCCGCUUUUGACUGGGCGCAGCGGAUUAAAGACUGGGAAGACGACGAACUAGUUCUGGAGCCUGAGCCGGCACUGUUUGCAGCGGAGUUAUUGCAAUGGGGUCUUGCAGAAGCAGUGGCUGCGGUGUCUGAAGAGGGUAGGGUACCUAGAUAGGUGGGGAUAGCUUUUAUCACCGGCAAGGCGGAGGGAAGUUGAUAGUUAUACUUAGAAAUCUGGCUGAACGGGGACGGGAAGGGCUGCAGGGAACAUCAAAGAGACAAGGUGUGCAACAGGAACUGAAAAGUAUCAAACGCUUGGCCGGGAUGUGACUACAGUUUCUCGGCAAGAUAGAUAGAACAUAGGUAGACAAACAGACAAACAGACAUAAUCUUGAU